AUUUUGUUGUUGCAGCCCAGCCCGCAGAGUGAGAAAUUUUCUGCUAUGAAAACUGUGAAACUGGAGAUAAUACCAGCCCCGCGAUCGAAAUAACACCAUCCCCGAGAAAAGCAACGCCAAAAAAAAAUGGCAAAGUUAAAGAAGCUGCACAUGAGCUCCAACAUGGAGGACCUGGAAAAGAUGUCCAUCAUUCCGGAUCUGCGCAGCAAGGGCAUGAAAAUCCUGUUGAAUACGGCCCGCAAAUUGUAUAUGACCGCCGAGGAAUACAGACUGGAUGGCGACGAAGAACUUGCGUAUAUCACUUACAUGAAGUACUUCAACAUGCUGACGGCAAUUCACAAAAAAUCCGAUUACGCCAGCCACAAGACGACGGUGCGCCAGAUGUUAGGCGACACCGAGUCGAAUCGUCGCAUAAUGGAUACGCUGGAGGUGAUUAUUGACUCCCUGCGACUUCGUUAUGCUCAGCAACGGCAGCCGACGGAACCAAUUGCUGGCGACCUAGUUUGCAAUGGAAGAGUAAGUCUGGACUCACCGGUAACGCAGUCCACGGAUUACGCCAAACUGGGGCUUAUUACCUGCCAGGAGCUGUACCGGCGCAUGCAAGAGAAAUCGGUUCUGGUGAUGGACUGCCGACCGAGCGCCGACUAUGAGACCUCUCAUCUCACCUACUACUGCUCUUUCAACGUGCCCGAGGAGCUGAUAACACUAGGCAUGUCGGCUGGCAGACUGCAGGCUCGUCUUAGCAGCAGCGGCAAGGCCUCGUGGGCAUCGCGAUCUGUGAAAGAUUCGGUAGUUCUAAUUGACUGGAAUACCAAGGAUGCUCAGCCUGCGCCCAAUACAGCCAUUUCCACGCUGCUGGAUAUCCUAAAAAAUUGGGAUCCCGAUGUGACGUACCGCUCACCCAUCCAGAUCGUCGAGGGUGGGUACGAGUACUUCAUUAUGAUGUACCCCACCCACUGCACCAAUCCAAGUGUGCAGGCACCGCAGCAAAACAAUAACGUCAUUGAUACUAUCGACGAUAUCGAGUAUCCCUCAAUCCACGACAUUACCAUGAAGGAAGACAUCAGUGCGAAGGACUUCAAACCAAGGCCGGACAUCAAUAGAGCUAACAAGCCCACGGCCCCUCGAACUUACGACCAGGGACUGUCCCGACCUCCCCAACAGGCCAAACCUAUCGAUGAGAUCAUGCGUGAUCAGGCAGAGUUUCUGCAACGGGCGGAGCAGAACGAUGAGCAAUUGGAAAAGGCAUCUAGGAUGUGGAAGCGUCAGGCAGCCGAAGGUGAUGGCUUGAAUGCCACCGAGGGACAGGAGUUGCAUUUUAGAAUUCUCCAACUGGAGAGCAAGGCCCAGGACUACAUAGUGGAAAACAAUCGACUGCGAGAAGAACUUAGUCGCAUUCAGGAGCAGCAAAAUGUAACACAGCAGCUAUCGCAAAAGGAAGUUGAGGCUACGAGAAACAUCGAAUCCAAAAUUCGUGAACGUCAGCGUCUCGAUGAGCAACACGAGCUGGAACGUCAAGAGCGGGAGCGCCUUUUGGCGAUCGCUCGUGAGACCAAAAAACACUACAAGCCCCGACCUCCAACUCCUCCAUCUCCGGACAGAAACUUGGAGGAUUUACAGGACCUCUCCGAUAGCCUGGAAUCUCUAACGCAUCUAACUGGCGAGGAUCCGCCGCUUGCCCCCACGAGGGUGGAGAAGCCGACAUUCGAUAGAGCGAUGAAACCACAGCAGAGGAGUGUGGAAAGAACAUCGCAACGGAUCCGUGAUUUCUCGCCAGUCAUUGGUCACAAUGUGGGUCGCGGAUUGACGGGAUUGAAAAAUCUGGGCAAUACAUGUUAUAUGAACAGCAUCUUGCAAUGCCUAAGUAAUACGCCUCAGUUGACGGAAUACUGCAUCUCGGACAAAUACAAGAACAACAUCAGCAGGAGCAACAAAACCAAUGGCCAGGUGAUCGAGGAGGUGGCGGCACUCAUCAAGGAGCUUUGGAACGGACAGUACAAAUGUGUGGCUAGUCGGGAUUUAAGGUACGUUGUCGGACAAUACCAAAAGAUCUUCCGAGGCGUUGACCAGCAGGACUCUCACGAGUUCCUCACCAUCUUAAUGGACUGGCUGCACUCGGAUCUUCAGACACUCCAUGUGUCCCGUCAGCGAGAAAUGAUCAGUGCCUCGGAGAAGGCUUGGCUGGAGUUUACCAAGGCCAAGGAAAGCAUGAUUCUGCAUUUAUUCUACGGCCAGAUGAAAAGCACCGUCAAGUGCGUAACCUGUCAUAAGGAGUCGGCCACUUAUGAGAGCUUCUCGAAUCUCAGCCUGGAGCUGCCGCCCAAUUCAAAUGUCUGCCAGCUGAACCAAUGCAUGGACAUGUACUUUAGCGGGGAGCGCAUACACGGCUGGAACUGUCCUAGUUGUAAGACGAAAAGAGAUGCCAUCAAGAAGCUGGAUAUUUCCAAGCUGCCUCCAGUGCUAGUAGUUCAUCUGAAGCGGUUCUAUGCAGAUCCCAGCAAUUCGGGCGCUUACAUGAAGAAGCAAAACUAUCUUCGCUUCCCAUUGGAAAACUUGGAUAUGAAUCCCUACAUAGCCCGGGCGGAAUCGCGGGCGGUUACGCCCAAAACCUAUCAGCUCUAUGCCGUUUCCAAUCACUACGGAACCAUGGAAGGCGGCCACUAUACGGCCUUCUGCAAGAGCGCCAACUACGGAAAGUGGUUCAAGUUCGACGAUCAGAUCGUCUCCGCCCUUGACUCUUCGAAUGUGGUUUCCAGCGCGGCCUACAUUCUAUUCUACACAUGGCUACCGCCCAUGCAGGUCCCGCUGUAGGCGCGCCGUUCCUUCCCUCUUCGGUUUUUCACUUUUCGUUUUUAACUGUGUUUUUGUUUAUCUCUCAUUUUUAUAGUUUUUUAAGGUCUAGUCGCCAUUCACUUUUAUAAUUUACUAAUUACCGCUUAACUGUUGCUAUUUAAGACGAUAAUCGCUUGUUUGUUGUUGUCUAGGCGCUUACGCCGGAUGGACAGUAUUACGCAUGGGGGCGUAUUUUGUAUGGGUACGGGCUGCAUUCACUAAAAACAAGAACUUCAAGUGCAUUACCAGUAUAACAAAAAGAAGAUCACAUAUACGUACGUGUAUGUGGGACUAUAGUUUAUUGUAUUUUGCAAUUAUAUUUUUAAACCAAAUAAACGAAAUGAAAUUUCUGAUGUAAA